AUGGACGUAAUGAAUAAGGAUUUGUUGGCUUUGACGAGGGACUUAGCAUUGAAUCCAAUAACGGUGUUUAGACAAGAUGCGAAACUGGUGGCAGCCAUUAAUAAGCUUUUUUGCGGCAAUCAUAAUGCGGAAAAUAUGGUUGAUGAGAAAGUUAAGCUCCCUGAGAGAAAACUGAACUUUGGUGAAGUUCAAGAGCUUUUAAAACAGUCAGUCUCCGAGAAACCAUGUCAGUCACCAAAAUUGCUUGAAAAGACGAGUGAAACUAGGAGAACUCUUUUGCAAAAAAUCGAAAACAUUCUUCAUGAAAUUAACACAAGCGCAGAUCAUGGAGAUACUCCAACGUUGGUGUUAAGAAAUCAAAGGCUUUGGAGCAAUUGCAUCUACGAUCUAGAUAGAGUAACGUUAAAGUCCUUUAAUGAUGCCAAAAAAACAACAAUAUCUUAUUCGAGUAAUGAAGAUAAGACAAGAUUUAACAUAAUUGUUUUCGUACUGACAAAAGUUCACGAGCUGCUUUCGAAGAAUUUGACCGUCACAAGAAGGGAGCUUUUCUACCAAAAUGUUAUAAGAUUUCGCAAUCAAAGCAAUCUAGACCUGGCCGUGCGAGACGUGUGCUGCUUACUGGAAACGCCUCCUUGGACUCUGGGCAUUGUGGCUACAGCCAAGGGGCUGAUAGCAGGCCCUCUUACGAUAGUUCAAAGGAAUGGCAGUGUUGUCGAUUGUAUGGCUGCUGGUGGUACACUCAUACCACAAGAUAUAGACGGCAUUAAGGAACUAAAAUCAACUGCAAAAUAUAUUCUGGUAGUAGAAAAGGAUGCUGUGUUUCAGAAGUUGCUAGACGAAGGUGCUCUUGUAAGAUUGGGGCCAGUCAUUAUAAUAACGGGCAAGGGCUAUCCCGAUGUAUGCACCCGCCAGCUGCUAUGCCGUUUGUGUCAAGAGCUCCAACUGAAGGCUCUAGCCCUUGUGGACGCAGACCCACACGGAUUUGAAAUCUUUCUUACCUACAAAUACGGAUCUUUGGCACAAUCUCACUUAUCCUCGUCUCUAGCGUGUACCUCGUUGUUGCUUCUUGGUGCUCGCCAACACGACGUCAUGACCCUGGCUCCAAGUGAGGCUCGUCUGAGGAUGACCGACCUAGACAAGAAAAAGCUGGCUGCAUUGUUAAGGAGACCCUAUUUGGCAAAUGAUAUAGGAUACCGUAUCAAGUUAGAACUUAGCUCGAUGCUCUCAAGCGGUAUAAAAGCGGAAAUAGAGGCGAUGGCACCCACUGCUGCCGCAUUGUGUGAUGCUUAUUUACCCUCUAAAAUUGUACAGGCAGACUAUUUAGGUUGA